AAUGUCUGUGUAUCUCAGCAAGAGUCGCAUUAUUUAAUCGGACGUCUUAAACGAGAGACAUUAUUUUAGCGCCGUCUUCAUAAUUUAAAAAAAAAUAUAUAUAUUUUCAACAAUGAACAAAUUACUUUUAUCCAUCCAAUUGGCUGUCGUGGUAUUCGCUGCCGUUGUAAUUGCUGGCAAAUUCGACUAUUUCCCCGAAUGCCGUGAAUACGUCAAAGAAGUUAAAGAACAACAUGCUGACUUCAAACCCUUGUAUUGGCCCCACGAGACAAAUUGCUUCAAAUUUUACGAAUGCGGCGCCGAAGGAACUGUCUAUGAAUUGGAUUGCCCGAAAAAUCUCGUCUUCAAUCGCGUCAACUUCACUUGUGGCUUCUUCGCUCCCGAAUGCAAGGACCAACAAAAGAACUUCUUGGCAACUCUCUUAGGACUUAACUAA